GGCGCACCAUGUACGUCAUCCCCUACAGCAUGGGCCCCCUCGGUUCGCCCCUGUCCAAAAUCGGGAUCCAGGUGACGGAUUCGGCCUACGUGGUCGCCAGCAUGCGAAUCAUGACGCGGAUGGGCUCGGCGGCCCUCCGCGCGCUUGGAGACGGCGAGUUCGUCAAGUGCCUGCAUUCGGUGGGGCGGCCUUUGCCCCUUAGCGAAGACCUCGUGAACAACUGGCCUUGCAAUCCAGAGAAGACCUUAAUUGCCCACGUGCCAAACCGCCGAGAGAUCGUCUCUUUCGGCAGCGGCUACGGGGGCAAUUCCUUGCUGGGGAAGAAAUGCUUUGCCCUACGGAUCGCUUCCUGCAUCGCCAAGGACGAAGGCUGGUUGGCCGAGCACAUGCUGAUUCUGGGACUCACCAACCCGGAGGGCAAGAAGAAAUACGUGGCGGCCGCUUUCCCGAGCGCGUGCGGGAAGACCAACUUAGCCAUGAUGAAUCCUACCUUGCCGGGCUGGCGCGUGGAAUGCGUCGGGGACGAUAUCGCCUGGAUGAAGUUCGACAGCGAAGGGUGUCUGCGUGCCAUCAACCCCGAGAACGGCUUCUUCGGGGUGGCCCCGGGCACGUCCACUCGGACCAACCCCAACGCCAUGCAUACCAUCCAGCGUAACACCAUCUUCACCAACGUGGCCGAGACCAGCGAAGGUGGCGUCUAUUGGGAGGGCAUCGAUCAGAGGAUUCCGGAAGGGGUCACCAUCACCACCUGGCAAGGAAAACCUUGGAAACCAGGCGACCCACAACCUGCCGCUCAUCCGAAUUCUCGCUUCUGCGCCCCGGCUCGGCAGUGUCCCAUUAUGGAUCCGGAUUGGGAAUCCCCCCAGGGGGUCCCCAUCGACGCCAUCAUCUUUGGGGGCAGGAGGCCGGCAGGGGUGCCUUUGGUGUACGAGGCCUUCAACUGGCGCCAUGGGGUGUUUGUGGGCAGCGCCAUGCGGUCGGAGUCCACGGCGGCGGCUGAGCACAAAGGAAAGGUCAUCAUGCACGACCCCUUCGCCAUGCGCCCCUUCUUCGGCUACAACUUCGGCCGCUACCUGGAGCACUGGCUGAGCAUGGAAGGGCGGAAGGGCGCCCGCCUUCCCAAAAUUUUCCACGUCAACUGGUUCCGGAAAGAUUCCGCCGGGAACUUCUUGUGGCCGGGUUUCGGGGAGAAUUCCCGGGUCCUGGAUUGGAUCUUCCGCCGGGUGGACGGGGAAGAAAGCGCGAAGGAGACGCCCAUCGGCUACGUCCCCAGAGAAGGCGCCUUAAACCUCUCCGGCCUCAGCCAGGUGAGCCACGCGGAGCUCUUCUCCCUGCCCAAGGAAUUCUGGGAACAAGAGGUCCGCGAGGUGAGACAAUACCUGACAGAACAAGUGCCGGAGGACUUGCCCAAGGAGGUCUUGAAAGAACUGGAAGCCUUGGAGAGCCGGGUGAAGAAGAUGUGAGGCACCUCAACCGUAGAAGAUAUCCCACCAAAGACCGAAGAUUCUUCCCCUGGUUUUUUUUUCCGGAGGGAGGGGAAGAGAGCUAUCAGGGGCCUUGUUUACAGAAGUAUCCAUUCCUCUUUUCUUAACCAGCUAUGUCACUCUAGUCUCAGGGGUCCCAUGUCACAUUUCUGAGGUCAGCUGAUGGCCACCCCAACGUUCUUCCUUCAGCCUUGCGUACCUUCCUCGAGCGGAGUCCCCUUGCUUUGAGACCUGUUGUUUUUGCUUCCUUCCUUUGCGUCGGUCAUUCUUUCAGCUCAGGGGAAACGGGAAAGGGAUUGGGGGGGUGGCCUUUCAUUUUACGUGCCUUCCGAGAGGUUGAUUCUUCCCCGUGCAUCUUCUCCGUAGGAUCUCCUGCAAUUGUUUGGCCUUUGACAAGCUGUCUUUUUUUUCUCUAUCUAUCUAUAAAAACAGCUGUGUGUUUGCGUGUGUGUGUGUUCCACCAUAACUCUG